AUGAAAGAUUAUUCGGAAUGGAAGACGAUCUCGAGCCAAGGUAAAGUUAUUAACAGUUGCAAAAUAUUUUAACUAAUUUAAUUAAUAAUGAUUCCUCCCUUAUUUUUUCCAGGUAUUGCCAACAUCACACCAGUUUCUUGUUCAGCUUUGUUAAUAAAAGAUCCUUCAACUCGCAGUGGAAUGUAUUAUAUCAACCCUCAAGGACUAAAUUCAUCUCCAUUGGUUCAAGUAUACUGUAACAUGAGUUCAAAGAAUGGCGUUCCUGUGACAGAGAUUGGACACGACAGUGAAUCACGAACACGUGUGAGCGGAUAUGACAAUCCCGGUUCUUACAAAAGAAAUAUCAAAUAUGGUAUUUCCAUGCAAAACAUUGUUACAAUUCUGAAUCAGUCCAAGAAUUGUGAGCAGUUUAUAAAAUAUGAAUGUUAUCAGAGCGCUCUUCGCGGUCAAUCAACUUAUUAUGGUUGGUGGGUAUCGCGUCAAGGCACACAGAUGAAUUACUGGGGUGGAGCGGCAGUUAACAGCGUAAAAUGUGCUUGCGGAAUGACCAACACCUGCCCAGGUGGGAGAAAAUGUAAUUGUGACGUCAAUGACAGCACAUGGCGCGAAGAUAGUGGGUACCUGACAGACAAGAAUACGCUUCCUGUUUCUGAGCUGAGAUUUGGAGAUACAGGUGGCAAAAGAGAGAAAGGAUAUCAUACACUGGGAAAAUUGCGAUGUUGGGGUUAG